AUGAAUUCAACGCCGAUGUCUCCAGUUAGCGAGAGAGACUCUCGCGCGAGGAGUCUCAGUCAUUCAGUACAAGAACUGGCUGGGAAUUCAAGUGCCCAUAAUUUGAGAUCGCGUAGUCCGCGUUUAGAACAAUUGAUAGUAUCUUCACCCAGUCAACAUUCCAACAUUCGUCGGCACUUGCGCAGCCGCGAGCGUAGUUCCAGGUCUAGUCACUUCCGCAGUCACAGACAUAGCUGCGAACCUGAUUCUGUUAGAAGCCCCGAAGGUACUCCCAAGAUUGACUUCUCGCGCAGCAACGAGAAUAGUCGCGAGUCUUACACCCUGCGCAGGCGUGAAUGUGGAGAGCAAUUUAGCUUAUGCAAUCAUGAGCGUAAUAGCGAACUGAGUAUUUUGCGCAGGCUUGAAGGUAGUCGCGAGCGCAGUCGUGAGCGCAAUCGCGACCGCGAACAGAUUCGUGGACCGGACCACCUGCACGCCUACGAGCUACGCCAUUCACGUAGCCGCUCCCGUAGCCACGAAGCCGGACAUGGGUCCGUCGCGGCAGACAACCACCUGAGCAGGGAGAGGACUGAUCAGCCACAAGGAGUCCCACCAUCGGUUAGUUUGAGGACAAACAAUAUAGUCAGGAAGGCCGAAUGUUGUAAACCUAAUUAA